UAAAGGCGCCUCCAUGUACACCUACUGUAUUGAAAACAAAACCUGUGGGUUUAACAUUCCAAAGCAGGCAGAGGCAAAACCAUGGGCAGUUUUCUGCUGUCUUCUGCACAAACAAAACCGGCCAAACUAAAACCGGUUGCUCCGCUCUCUGUAUAUAGCAUAUACCGCUUCUCUUUUGAAUCUCUGUCACACAAUACAAUCCACCAACAAAAACAAAGCUCUCUCUUGCUUUUCACAUCGUUCCUCUAUGCAUAUGUUGUGCUUCUGCCACACAUUUCUGCAAAAGCUGAAAAAGGAUUCUUAAUUGGAGCUGCCUCAGGAUAUGGUGAUGUGAACAAGUCGGUUGCAAUCUCUGAGUAUCUGGUACUUUUGGGCAGUUUUUUUUUUUACUGGGUUUUGGUCCAAAUUUCAUUUCAAUUAUUGGGUACUUCUUUUUGCUACUGGGUUUUGUUCAGUGUAUGUGUUUCUUUUUAUAGACAAUUGAAAGCCAGUGGUAGUAUUUUGGGGGGAUUAGAUUAUGACAUUUGCUUCAAUUGGGUUUUUGAGUUUUGCCUCAAAGUUUGUUUCUUUUGUAUAAUUAGUAAGAAUUGUAUCAGUAGGGACCGGUUUUUUGAGCUUUGAAUGGAAUCCAAUGGGUUGUUUUCUGGAAUCUUAGGCCUAGAAAUGCCUUUGCAUCAAACACAAAACCCCCAAAAUCCUCAAAACCCUCAUCAUAUGCACCAACCCCAAAUGGUUGCUUAUGCCCACCAUGACCCUGAUCAUCCCCAACACCCUCACCAAUCUGUCAAACAAGGGUACCCAUUUGCCACCAAGUCCAAACAAAUAGCUCUAAGUGAUGAUGAUGAGCCUGGCUUUGGUGCUGAUGACAACAGCAAUGGGGAUAACAAGAGGAAAAUAUCACCAUGGCAGAGAAUGAAGUGGACUGAUACCAUGGUCAGGCUUCUAAUUAUGGCUGUUUUUUACAUUGGUGAUGAGGGUGGGUCUGAAGGCACUGAUCCCACAGGAAAGAAGAAGUCUGUCGGAGGAUUGCUGCAGAAAAAAGGGAAAUGGAAAUCGGUGUCUCGGGCUAUGAUGGAGAAGGGUUUCUAUGUCUCUCCUCAGCAAUGUGAGGACAAGUUCAAUGACUUGAACAAGAGGUACAAGAGGGUGAAUGAUAUACUUGGCAAGGGGACAGCUUGCCGGGUUGUGGAGAAUCAGGGCUUGUUGGAAAAAAUGGAUUUGUCACCGAAGAUGAAGGAAGAAGUUCGUAAAUUGCUGAAUUCCAAGCACCUAUUUUUCAGAGAAAUGUGUGCAUAUCAUAACAGUUGUGGUCAUGGCACUGUUGGUGGGGUGUCUAAUGGUGCACAUAACUCCCCACCAGAGGGUGCCACAGAACCAUCUGAGAUUACAGCGCAUCAGCAGCAGCCCCAGCAACAGAGGUGCUUUCAUGCAUCAGAAAAUGCUCAUGUUGUUGCCAAUUCAGGCAGGUCAGAGACUGAGGCAUCUAAAAUGGCGAAAGGGGGAAGUGGAGGUGAGGACGAAGAUGAAGACUAUGAAGACGAUGAUUCAGAAGACGAAGAUGAAGAGGAAGAAGAGGUGGUUGAAGUUGGCCCCGGCUCUAGAGGUCUAAUGGGGCAUGGACAUCAUGAAGACGACGAUGACAAUGACGACAGGGCUUCACUUAAAAGGCCAAGAAAGGAAGGCUGCUUUUCGGGGCCCUCAUCCUCCCAGUUAACUCAUCAAUUGGGCUGUGAAGUGAGGGGUGUGCUGCAAGAUGUGUCGAAGAGCCCUUGGGAGAAGAAGCAGUGGUUGAAGACGAGACUAAUACAAUUGGAGGAGCAACAAGUGAACUUCCAAUACCAAGCUUUUGAGCUUGAAAAGCAAAGGCUCAAGUGGAUCAAGUUUAGUGGCAAGAAGGAAAGAGAUAUGGAGAGAGCUAAGCUUGAGAAUGAGAGAAGAAGGCUUGAGAAUGAGAGAAUGCUGUUGCUGGUGCGCAAGAAGGAGCUUGAGUUGCUUGAGCUUCAUCACCAGCAGCAGCAGCAACAACAAAAUUCUUCAAACAAGAGAGGUGACCCAUCCUCCCUCACUGGAUAGAUUGUAUAUUAUAUAUAUAAGGUUUAGAUCAGAGAGAUGAGAGUGUUUCUCAUUUUUGUUCUUCAGUUUUCUUGUGUAAUUUAGUGGCCAAAAUUAAUACAAAAAGUUGAUAUUAUUAGAUGGUUAUAUUGUUAACGCAAGAUGGUAUUAUCAUGUCAUCUUACAUCUACUUAUUAGAUUGGUU